AGAGUCUGCGAAGACCCUGCCAGCCGGCUGGGGGCGGUGCCAGAGUCUGUCUCCGCUAGUGCUCUGAGUGCUCGGCCACUUCCCGACUUUCCUCUUCCGCGCUUCCUGUGCCCGCUGUUCUUCGGUAUCAGCAUGCCGGGUCCGACGCCCAGUGGCACCAACGUGGGCUCCUCAGGGCGCUCUCCCAGCAAAGCGGUGGCCGCGCGGGCGGCGGGAUCCACGGUCCGGCAGAGAAAAAAUGCCAGCUGUGGGACUCGGAGUGCAGGCCGCACCACCUCUGCAGGGACUGGGGGCAUGUGGCGAUUCUACACAGAGGAUUCCCCAGGGCUCAAAGUUGGCCCUGUUCCAGUGUUGGUGAUGAGUCUUCUGUUCAUCGCUUCUGUAUUUAUGUUGCACAUUUGGGGCAAGUACACGCGCUCAUAGAUUUGCCUACAUCCAUCUGUCAUCUGAAGAAGAAGGAAAAAAACCCAACGUAUCUUGGACCAAAAGUGUAGUGAUUUUCUGUUCACGUGUAUUAUUUUACAGAGAACUUAGCAAGAAUUGACUUUGAGAAACAUUUUUUUCUAUGUCUAAUAAACUUUGGAACCGA